AUCCCAUAAUAUUUCUUUUUCCACUUUUUCGUCACUUUCUUCCCUCUCCUUACUCCAUUCUCAAAGUACAAUUAUUGUGGUCAAAUACGCAAAUGGAACACAUUAAUAGGAUGUUGCCGGAUUUGUACAAAGCAGCGGUGGAAGGUAAACCCGACGAUUAUUAUGAGGCUUUACGGCGGAUGGAGUCGUACAAACCGUCGGGGGACGGUGGUGAACCCGAUGAUUAUUACGAGGUUUUACGGCAGAUGGAGGCGGACGGGGUUGGGCGCCUGCAGGUAACCCCAACCGGCAACACGGUGCUUCAUGUCGCAGCUCUCCACGGCCAAAAACACUUCGUGGAAAGGCUCCUAGCAGACCGUGAAGACACCUAUCCCAUGUUACUUGCCAAGAACCAUAAGAACAGGACUGUCUUACAUUGUGCUGCGGAGAAAGGGCAUGCCGAGAUUGUCUCUGUAAUCAUAAAUAAUGUCACCAAGAAAGCCAUAGAAUCUGGUGUUGGAGUGAGAGAGUUGAUACGAAUGGUUGAUAUUGUGGGUGACACGGCAUUGCACAAGGCAGUGCGGAUGGGGCAUGUGGAGGUGGUGAAAUUGUUGGUUCGAGAGGAUGGCGAAUUCGAGUACCCUCCCAAUGAUACUGGAGAGACGCCCAUUUACAUAGCCGCAGAGUCAAAUGGAGAGGAUCCAUUACUAAAGACAUAUGGAGAAUGUUUGGCGGAGAUGCUGGAAAGAUUUGAAAAGCCUUCGUAUGGUGGGCCAUUGGGUCGAAAUGCACUCCACGCAGCAGUGUUGGCCGGAGGUAUCUCUGCCCUGGGGUGCUUAAAUACAGAUACGGAAUGCAUGCAUGGUGUUACUGUUGGAAAGGGAGAUCCGUUUGUGUGAGAUGAAAGUUGAUUUUGGUUGGACGCCACCACACUACGCCGCAAGAAUCCACAAUUGGGGAGCCACUUACACUAUACUUAACGCGAAAAGCUCUACAGCUUACAUUCGCGCAGGCAGAGGCGAUGAUGACUGGACAACUGUAUUUC